AUGAAAUCUAGGUCAUCAAUGCCUAAAGGAAAAAAGGGAGCCAAAUCUCCUACAAAGAAGACACCAAAACAUUCUACAUUGCCUGAUCUGACAGAGGAUGAGUUGAUAAAGUCAAUGAGCACAAUGGAGGAGGAGGAGGUCUACGAUCAGAAAGCCAUUAAUGACUUUAUGGCACAGGAAACUCUCCCUGAAGACGACGUGCUCGUCUUCAAAUUUAACGGCCUACAACAAACUACUAUCUUUGGUGCACAAACCAUUACACGGCUAAACGAGAGGAUUGCUAAUUUACGCAUGACUCCAGCCCUGGCAGCUCUUCAAUCCGACGUGUCGGUGGCCGACUCCGUCGCUAUGGUGGAUCGUCCUGAGGACGCCGUCUACAUCGGACUGAAUGUCGAAAAGGAGAGCCUUCUUCGAAGUCUCGAACACACCGAAUCCACUGACGCUCUCGUGGUUGCGGUGAAGGAGAAGGUUGUUGAAUACCCCAGAGAGUUCAUCACUUUCAUCGUGGAUGAGAAGAUGAAAUUUGAUGGCAACUUUAUCAUGAUCCUCUCUCAGGAUUUGGAUAACACUCUCCGGUUAGAAGAUCUAGAGGUGAAUGAAAAGGAUCUCGUGGUGGAUGUAAUUGAAGAAGCUGAUGAUGACGUCACUUGGGUCUUUCCUAGCAUUGAGCAUCCUUGGGCGAAUCAGGGUUCUGAUUUGGAGAUUCUAGAAGAGGGUUGCGUGGAAACACGAGCCCGUAUUGUUAGCAAGUUUGAGCGCCCUCGUCAUGAAUUUGGUGCUAAACGGAAGUUAAAUGUGCAUCAGGAGGGUCCAACCUACACCGAAGUGAAACCCUACGAGGACAAGAAUUUCUCAAUCCCAGUCAUGGAACUCGAGCGUGGAGUCACUUGUGUUAACAGCAGAAGUGACCAUUAUACCAACACAGAUUGGCUUUAUCCACGGAACCAGGUGGUCCAGUAUAUUCCUCGUCUGGCUUUAAUGGAGGAGAAGGAGACUAGUGCUACUAAGACACUAUCACAGAGGCCUAUCAGCGGUUUAAGCAAUGUUCUUAGCUUAUUUGAACAGGGCUUGAAGGAGAAUCUAAUGUUCAACUUCCUGAAAGACGAUUUUGCCAAUUUAGGUGUCAGUGACGACACUUAUGAUAAUAAGUCGGCAAACAACUUUAAGGAGAUUCUCACACUUUCCGAUCUGCGGUUUGCUAAAGACAAGGCUAUCUCUCACAUUGAAUGGCAUCCCAAAAUUGAGGGUUUAUUAGCAAUGUCAACAGUGGAGAGACUGCCUUAUGAUGAACUUGUGAAUCAGCUAUCUCGUGUGCUGAUGACGCCAACCUACAUAAUUGUGUGGAGUCUCUACGAUCCCAUUCAACCCCAAUUAUUGUUGCUAGCCCCGGAGGAUAUCUUAUGUUUUGAAUUCAAUCCAACAGAUCCGCACAUUGUUGCGGGAGGAUGCAACAAUGGCGAGGUUGUGUUGUGGGAUAUCUCCAAAUAUGACCUCACCAAUGUGCUCGAGAAGCUAAAGAGUAAACAAGAAUUGCCACUUUUUCAGUUCGAUGAGAAUGAAAGUCAGAAGGUGCCGACGAUGCCCUGGUGUGCAACUAGUAACAUAGAGGCCUCGCACGCCACACCUAUUACCUGUCUACAAUGGCUGCCCGACCACAUUGAAUUGGACCGAGCCGGUCUGACCUACGAGAACACGUCGCAACACUGUGUGCAGCUACUCACCUGUGCGACCGACGGCGGUGUCUUUGUGUGGGAUCUGCGGCCCGAAAAAUGUGUUUUGGCAGUGGAUAAGACACGCGACCAGAUGGUUAUGCCACACGAUGUCCCAGCGACCUUCAAUGCACUGGAUGCCAAGUGGAAGCCCUUGCUUCAUGUCAAUCUCUUCCGACCCGACAAUGCACCAGAUCAUUGUCCCACUUGUUUCUGCAUUCGAGAGAGACAGGGCGAUCGUUCAGUGCUUGACUUGAAAGCCAAUGUCGCCAAAAAGGUAGCCUCAGAGAAUGAUCCAAAUCGCGUAGGACUGCCAAAAGCACAACCAUUGGAUGGCAUCAAUUCGAUCAUCUUUGUGGGCACCGCAGAUGGGGAUAUGGUGUGCGUGGACUGGAUGCCGCAGAAAGACGUGAAGACAGCUAAACGACAGACUCCAAUGCCCAGCUUCGUGGCACAAUUACACGACGGUCCCAUCGUCUAUAUCGCACGAUCACCCUUCUUGCCAGAGGUGGUGCUCUGUGUGGGCGGGUUUUCGUGGUCCUUGUGGAAGGAGAAUGUCACCUCGGGGCCUCUCCUCUGCUCCGCCCCCUACGCCAAGGCACCGACUGGUCACUCGUUUCAAGAUCUGUGGUAUGAUCCUUUCUCAGGUGGUCUUUGGUCCCCUUCUCGAUCCUCCGUGUUCUACAUUAUGCGUGCCGAUGGAGUUUUAGAGGCAUGGGACCUUCUAGACAAGACUCAUGAACCAGCAAUCCUCCAUACCGUAUCCUCUUCCGCUCUCACCGCCCUAUCAAUUAAAGUGGAGGUCCGGAAACACUUUCUUGCUGUUGGGGACAUGCACGGAGCACUGAAGAUCCUUCUCGUAAGCUUCCUCAUCGUCGGUUGGCACGAUCAGGCAUCCCUUAAUGUAGAUUACUCCCCUGCUUCCUGCCUACAGAUACCACAUCGGCUGAAAGUUGGCGGACCAGAGGAGGUGGAAGCGAUGACAGGCUACAUAGACCGUGAGGUGCGUCGACGUGCCUAUGUAGUGAGCCGAUGGAAACGGCGUGAGCAGGAGCGCAUGCAGAAAGAAGCGGAGGACAAACAUCUCGCUGGCAUUUCCACAGUUGCGGAACUCAGUGCAACGGAGAAGAUGCAGAAAAUGCGGUCUGAAUACGAUGCAUAUUUGGCAGACGAACGCCAAUUUCUGCGUUUGCUCGGCCUCUACGGGGAUACCGAGGUCACCGCUGAAGAGGUGGAAGCCACACCAGCCUAA